AUGAACUUCUUCAGAUUCGUCACCCUUGUCGUUCACAUUGUGGCGACUAUCUUGCCUCAAGCUGAGCUUCUCUUUGGUCUCCUCGUUCUUAUUCUCUUCCUUAUCGUCCUCAAAGAGUUCGUGGAGUUGGUUUACGAUCUUUUCGAACAUCUCUGCCAGCAUAUAGACUAUGAGAUCAUCACCAUGUGCCCAGCAGCUCAUAUUCGUCAGGAGUUUGCCCGUGUGCCUCCCUUGACUAAUUACUCAACUGUGCCCAUGAAUCCUAGUCCUGGUGGCAAUCCAGGUCCUCUUUGUAUGCCUACUAUACCUGUUAUUGGAUCUGGAAUGACUGGGAACGUCAUUCGGUUUGUCUCUGUUCCACAGCAUGAGGUUAGUCCUGUGUAUCUAGCUCAGAAGGCGCGGCUGGCCGAGAUUCAACGACUGCAAGCACUUAGACAGCGAGCAGAAGCUGCAAUUUAUGGACAAGCUGAGGUUGGUGGACAGCCAGGCAUCUAUGGAGUUGCAGCACCACAGGGAGGGGAACAAGGCGCAGCAUUGCCAACUGCACAGCAACCUCCUGUCCAGAGUGAGCCGCACGAUCAAUCAUCCACCACCUCGAUCGAUUCUGAGCCUCCAAUUGUGGGAUUAUGUGCCAACUGUACUGCAGCCGUUGAGCACGUGAGGUUCAUCAACCGAACUCAACCCAACUAUGGCCUCACAGAAGAUGAAGUCAUGAACGACAAUGCCUGGCGCUUCGUUUGUGAAGCUCAGUGUCAAGCCGAAAAAAUAGCCAGCACAUGGUUAGAGAACGUGAACUCGGAAAACGGCAUAUCCAGAAUCGUUGACUCUGUCGACGAUACCAAUUUCCCAUCUCACCUCCCGCCGCCACCUUGGGCGAAUCCUCCAAAUGGUCCUAAGCAGAUCAUGAUCAAUGAGAUAGUGAAGGAGAUCGUUUUGCGAAAGAUGAACGAGAUGAUCAUUGCGAAUAACGAAGAGGUGGAAGCAAUUCGGAAUACCUACCGUCCCUAUGGUGCGGCUUUCUAUGCUAAUUGUCCACAUCGGUUCGUGAGCCAUGAGCCGAUUACUGACGUCUUUGCAAUAGAUGAGAAUAGCGACGGCCCGCAACGUAUUCCGCCUUUGUUCCAGAAUUCGGAGAAUGGUGAUCGUCCCACACCCAAGAAAUACAAGGUUGAUUGGAUAGUGGAAGGAAAGAUUCGCAAAAGAAUUCGUAAUCGUGCCAGGUCCCCUACCCCUGCCUCACGAUCUCCACAUGCACCUAGUCUCUUGGACAAACACGUUGAAUCGACGAUGGAUGUUGAUGAGGAUGCCAAUGAGGAUGCGGAAUGGGAUCUCGAAGAGGAUGUCGAUGAGCCUGUCAACGAGGGCAAUGAUCUCGACAACUUCACGGUGACGACCGGCACGAGCGUUGAUAGCGAGGAGGAAGAAGAUGAUGAUCCGUUCACGGUUCAUCGGUGCUCCACCACAGAACCAAGUGACUAUGUGAGCACCCCCGGAAUGACAACUGAUACCGGCCGCAGCUCGCCUUCUGGUCCUCCAACUCCGUCUACCUCUGGUCGGUCCCGCAAGCGUGCGCGAGUACAGGGUCCUUUGCCGGAACGUUGGCGAACUGCGUUACGUCCUCGUCCGCGUAUUCACAGCGAGUCAAUGGACGGGAUGUACCUGGAUUGA